UGGUGUUUGUUAGUUAAUAAGGGGGGAACGUGGUGUUCACGACAGAAGUCACUAUUUGUUCCUUCACUUUUAAAUAAGUGUAAAAUUUUCCUUGCGUUCGCAUUAAUAUAAAAAUUAAAUAAUUAAUAAUUAUAUAAAUAUAUAUGUGUGUGUAUUUAUACAAAUGCAUUCAAGUCCAGCUUAAUCCCUAUAUAUAAAGCAACAGCCCGCAAACGUUCAUAUUGGCUAGUAUAUAUGUAUAUAUAUACAUACAUAUGUACAUGUAGCAGUUGUAGAGUGAAAAAUUUACGUUAGUACUCGCAGAAAGUGUUAUAAGCGAAUAAGAAAAUCAAAGAUAUUUUUAUGGUGGAGUUUUUCGGGUUCGGCCAAUAAAAUAGCAAAAAUUCGUACAAACACGAAACGGAAAACGGAAAAACUAACGCAAUAGAUUUAAUUCUUGCAAUCGAGUUGGAAUCUGUAAAAUCGAAAGAAGUCAAAUUGAUAGAAGAAGAAGCACGCGAAGAAGGAAAAAGUGCGAAAUUUGUGUGUGUGAACGCGCGUGUGUUUGUGUAUAUGUGUAUACAAUUUGUGUGUGUUUGUAUGUGUAUAAAAGUGUAUGCGAAAAGUGAAUAGCAGAAGAAUUGUGAAAAACAGGUUUCUUAGUUGUGGCAGCGGUCGCUUAUAUAGAAGUAGCAACAGCAACAGUAACAACAAAGCCAACGGCAUUAGCAAUAGCAAAGGAAGCAGCAGCAGCAGCACCGCAUAGGCAACAUUAACCAAAUCAACGAAUUGAGCAUAGGAAAAGCAGAACCAAUAACAACAAUACCAAACAAACUUAAAAAUACAAAACGCAGCAGAAUACGCAGCAGCAGCUGAUAAAAAAAGUAUUGAGCUGCUUGUUUAUGUAUAUUAACGCUAGAAGAAGAGAGUGUCUAUCAAGCCAACAUUGACCAGAAAUAGAUACAUACAUACAUACAUACGCAUUUGUAUGAAUAUUCGACGAUAUUUCUCCUGUGAUAUUUAAUCAAAAAAAUUUCUGUUUCCUACAGCAAUUGAAAUUUAGCAAAUACUUAAGCGAGUACAACAACAACAACGCUAAUAAAAAUACCGCACACGCGCUCACAUUCAUUUGUUGUUGUUGUUAUAAAAUAAUUUCGUGAGUGUGAUUCUGUGUGUGUUUUUUGCAUUUCUGACAUGUGCUUGGCGUGUUCGAAACGGUGAUGUUGCCAAAUAAACUGGUUGUAAUCUACUGCCAACAAACGACGCAAGAACAUCGUCCCAACGAUAACAGUAUCAACACCAGCAGCAACAUCAUCAACAGCAACUGCAACAGCAACAACAAAAACAGUAUAAACAGCAAUUGCAUUAGCAGCAGGAACAGCAGGACCAGCCACGACAACAACAACAACAACAACAACAAUAAUAACUACGACAUUGGCAAUUGCCAACACCACAACGUGAACGACGGCAACAGCGCCGCUGCCGUCGACGACGACAACGACGACGACCACGACGAGGACUACGUCAAUGACGGCCACGCCUCAAUCAAGUAUGAAAAUUGUGUUGGUCAAGUGUGUCGUGUUAGUGGUUGCAUUUUGAGUGUGUUAACGACGUUAGCAAGUCUGCAGCAACAAGCGAGCACGCAUCCCGCUUGUGUUCCAGACCAGCAACAACAACAAAAACAACCGCAACGAGUUGCCCAACAACAGCAGCAAGAGUCACUGCAACAGCAAAGCCAAGAAAAGCAAAAACAUAAACAAAUACAUGAACAGAAAUAUACACAACAACAACAACAACAACGUGUUUGUAGUAGAACACUUACGAAACCAGCAACAACAACCAUAAUAAAGCACGCAAGUCGUACGUAUCUAUUGCCAGCAAAUUUCCGUCAUUUGCCAUUCAAAGUGCGGCCAGUGAGGGCUAUUGAACUGUAUGCGAAGCAGCGCCAGAAGCAGAAGUAUUGGAAACGGAAAUUUGCAAACAUAAUUCGAAAAUAUGAAUUUAAUUAUUGUCGCCAUUGUGCUACUAAUGGCCCACAAGGAAUACAUGGCAAGCCCAACACCAUUAAAAUUACCAGGACACACACAAAAGCUCUCCCCCUAUAUACGGCACUGGGAGGCGGCGGAUUUCGAUCGUUCGCAUUUGCACUCGGCACAUCAGAAACACAUCGAACAGAAGCGUCAUCGUCGAAAAAGAGCACUGGAUUUGGGCGAAUUCGGGCCAGUGCACAAAAUCAGACUGAAUUUCUUUGCUCAUGACAGAGAAUUUCGCAUGGUUCUCCAACAGAAUCCACUGUCGGUGUUUGCGGGGGAUGUUGAAAUCGAAAGCACGCAUGGACCGGUGGAUUAUGACAUUUCAAGAAUAUACACCGGCACACUAGAGGGUGAUGAGAACUCGCAUGUUCAUGCCAUUCUCACCAGCGACAAUCUGCUCGAUGGCACCAUCGAAACGGUCGGUGAACACUACUAUGUGGAGCCAGCGCAUCGCUAUUCAAGCGAGUUGCCCGCAUCGGGUGUGCACAGUGUCAUUUACAAAGUCAGCGAUGUGCAAAUGCGCAAGUCGGCCGCAGCCGAGCACUGCGCCAGCGAACGACUGCGACGCGACAUGCUGCUGAACGAUCUGAAGCGACGGAAAGCGGUCACCACCGAAGCGGAAGCGUCAAAGUCGCUAGAGCGUCACAAGCGUUGGCUGCCGGAUGAGUUGGCUACAUCCAGCGAUGACCAUCAAAAUCCGCCGCUGCCAUUGGACUUGGACGUGCCCUACAACGAUGACUUUAGCAUUUUUGCGGGCGGAGGCAGUCGUGGUCGCUUUCGUGAACAAGAACGCGGGAAGAACCGCGAACGGGAACGAGAUGCAGAUCGAGAUCGCGAACGUGAAGAGAUCACUACAACGAAAAGUGUGACUAACAACAAUAACAAUAAGCAUGAGCUUAACUAUAAUAGGGAACAGCAACGAAAUAGAUAUCAGCAAUCGGCGACGACGACGACAACCACGACAACAGCAACAUGGCGUAAUGCAGCCGCUGUUGAUAGGGAAACAACCGAUAGGUACGGCGACCUGCUGCGAAAUGUGAACAAAGCCAACAGUGAUAAUAGUGAUAACAACAGCAACAGCAAUACGAGAAGUAGCAACACUUAUGUUCCGUCCCUCAUUGUAGCGAACGCGUCCACCCAUGGUGGUGGUGUACAGAAUCGCAACAUCCUUGUGAACAAUUACAAUCCUGGCAGUAGUUAUAGCAAUAGCAACACUAACUACAACAACAAUAAUAAUAAUAAUAAUAACAAUAACAAUGGCUUACGCAAAACCUAUGCCAAGCACAAGAAUAUCAUUGUUAGCACUUACAGCAAUAAAAACAACAACAACAAUAAUAAUAGCAGCAGCAACAACAGCAAUAAUCGUUCGUAUCCCUAUGAUUUUGUCAUCAACGGCGGUGGCAACAACAACAACAAUGCAAACAGCAAUAAUGGCGUCAAUUAUAACUACAAUGACAACAACAAUAACAAUCGCUUCGACACGAACAAUUUCUUUCAAACGAAUUGGUCCACCAUGUUCACCAACAACAACAACGAUCGUCCCAGUCACAAGACACACGUCGAAAUCAUAACAAAAAAUGGCGCUACCAAAAAGCCGAACAUCAUCGUGAAUAAUUACAAUCCGGAUAUUAUGCUAGUGCCAAAUCCACAAAAUCCACACUUCAACAGCAUGUUGAUGACGAAUUUGCUAAGUGGGCGUGGUCGUGAUGCUGCGUACGAGACAAAUUCGAAGGAUAGCGCUCAGUCGAUGUACGAUCGCAAGAUCACGUGCAUGCUAUAUCUGCAAGCCGAUCACACAUUCUUUCAGAAGAUGGGUUCCGACGAGGCCAGCAUUGAGGCGAUCACGCGGCAUGUGCAGCGCGCCAAUUCCAUCUACAAGAAUACGGAUUUCAACAAUGACGGCAAGCCAGAUAAUAUAACAUUCAUGAUUAAGCGCAUCAAGGUGCAUAAUAUGAACGCGGUCAGGGAUCCGAGUUAUCGAUUUCCGGGCAAUUACGGCGUGGAAAAGUUUCUGGAACUCUUUUCAGAGGAAGAUUAUGAUGCCUUUUGCCUGGCGUACAUGUUUACAUAUCGAGACUUUGAGAUGGGAACACUGGGUUUGGCAUGGACUGGUGACCUCAAAAAUGCCGGCGGCGUAUGUGAGAAGAAUGGCCACUAUCGUGGUUCUUUGAAGUCGCUGAACACAGGCAUUGUCACGCUACUAAAUUACGGUAAACAUGUUCCUCCAGCCGUAUCGCAUGUGACAUUAGCACAUGAAAUCGGGCAUAAUUUUGGAUCACCUCACGAUCCGGAACAGUGCACACCCGGCGGUGAGGAUGGUAAUUUCAUAAUGUUUGCGCGCGCCACGUCCGGUGAUAAAAAGAACAACAACAAAUUCUCACCAUGUUCACUAAAAUCCAUCGAACCCGUACUAAAUGCGAAAGCACGUAGCGCCAAAGGCUGUUUCACCGAACCGCAGGCGUCCAUUUGCGGCAACGGCGUGGUCGAGGGUGAUGAACAGUGUGACUGCGGUUGGGAGGAGGACUGCAAGGAUACAUGUUGUUUCCCGAUGUCACGUCAUCCGCGCAUCGACGAAAAGCCAUGCACUUUGACACCGCGUGCUAUGUGCAGUCCAUCGCAGGGUCCAUGCUGUACGGGUGAUUGUAAAUUGAAAUUCGGCGAUAAGUGUCGCGAUGACAACGGCUGUCGCGAUCCGAGCUUCUGUAACGGUCUCGGACCGGAGUGUCCGCCAUCGGUGAACAAACCGAAUAAGACGAUAUGCAACAAAGAAUUCGUUUGUUACAUGGGUGAGUGUACAGGUAGUAUUUGUUUGGCCUACGGCCUCGAGUCAUGCCAAUGCAUACCGGGACCGACUGAUGACAAAAUUAAAUCGUGCGAAUUAUGUUGUAAAUUGCCCGGAGAAGGUAAUGCCUGUCGCAGUUCGUUUGAAUGGAAUGAGCCGCCGUUUGAUGUGCCGGAUAUGUACGCGAAGCCGGGCACGCCGUGCAACGAUUACAAUGGCUAUUGUGACGUAUUCCAAAAAUGUCGCGAAGUUGAUCCGUCGGGACCGUUAGCCACGCUACGCAAAUUACUGUUGUCGGAGGAGAGCAUUGCCACAUUUAAGAAAUGGGUACAGCAUAAUUGGUACACAGUUGUGUUGGCGGCAUUGGGCGUAUUCGUGUUGCUGAUACUCAGCACGAAGCUGCUGGCGAAGCGCUCGAAUCUGAAACUAAAAUCGGUGACCAUCAUACACAGCGCAACCACCGAAACAGUGCGUCUACCCGACGACAACAACGGCGUCAUCGUGCACACGGCCGUCCGUACAAAAGUACCGUUCAAGAAAAAGGUGCGCGGCGAGCGCAGCAACAAAAGUAAGAGCGCGCACAGAAGCGGCAGUAGUGGCAAUAUAGGCGCUGGCAAAACUAAAGGCAGCGGCAGCGGCGGCAAAGCGACGUCCUCCAAAGCAGCCGAGUUAGCGGCGAAAUCAACGCACGCGCAUAACCGUAGUGGAAAACUAAGCAAUACAGCAGCAGCAGCAACAGCAACAGCUGCCGGCGGUGCUAGUGGAGAAGUUUUGGUAAAGCCAACGCGCACCAAGAAAAAUCGCGUUGGUAGUGGUGGCGGCGCGGCUGUGUUGAAGGCCACACCAGUUGCUGCAGCAUUAAACACGCCACUUGCGGCCGCAGGCAGCAGCGCCAAGUUGGAGAACGAAGUGAAAGCGAAGAGUAAGCGCUUUAAGAAGCACAACAAAGAAAUCAUCGAUUAUUCAUCGCGCGGUGGACAGGACGCGUCGAGCAUUAGCGGUAAUGGGCACACCAACACCUUCGGCAAAGUGCAGAAAUGGCUGCUGGAGUCGCCGAUUGUCGUGCAACCGCUUUCGCAUAUUGAACAUUCUUCGAAAAUACGAAAAGUAAUGAGCAAAUCGCAGUCCACACCCGAACGUCUGGUACAAAAGUCGCCGCAGAAGUCCAAGUCGGUGACGAAUCUGGUCAAUGACAAAGUGAAACUGCAAGUGGUAUAUAAGCCGCCAUUUAAGUUCGCGCUGCGACUCUCCAAGAAUGCCAAAGUGAAGACGCAUGUAAUUGGCGGUGCAGCGAACAAACUUAAGCGGACGACACGUACGAACGGCGUAGGGGUCAACGGCGCCGAGAGCAAACGCAAGAGCAGCAAUCAAAAUAGCGAGGGUAGCAAGAACUCUGGCAGCGGUGGCAAUGACGAGGUUAAAUGCAAACGCAUUGCGCUGCUACUCCGCAAUAAUAACGAAGACAAUCAAAUACUAACCUUAAACGAACCGACUUAUGAGACGCUCAAUCCGAAAACCAUGCCCUCCAAAAUGGAGAAUCCAUUCUACGAGAAUCUGCUGUGCAGCACAGCGACGGGCGAAAUGCGCGCCGCCAUAGCCGCCAACAAUGAAGCAGCAGCAAGCAACAGCGUCACGGCAAACUCGGCAAACGCAAGUGUUUCCAGUAAGACUGCCAGUUCAAAUAGCGGCAAGCUGACGUCCGAUGCGCACGCUGUCGGUGGUGCAUUGCAAAAGCAACGCGCACACAACUACAGUCGCUCCAAUUCCUUUUCGGCCAACAAUCCAUUUACAGCCAAUCAAACGGCGCUCAAUGCGCGCAAAUUGAGCGAAAGCAGUACCGCGCAUCAGCCUGCGGCGAGUACAGCCAAUUUGGGCCGCAACUUCGGUAGUACACAAAAUCUUGGCCAAAUGGCGCAAAAUCAAAAUCAUCUAGCCAAAUCAAAGAAACGCAGUAGUCUGAAUCUGAAACUCAAUAGCGCCGCCAAGAAUGGUAAAGAUCCGCCUAUUGCGGCGCGGCGCAGCAAUUCCAAUAUGAAUUUACGUAGUAAUAACGCGGCCACCACAUAUCAGCCCAGUAUCUACACGAAUGAUCCACAAAACUCCAUUGCCACCGCAACCACCAACACAACCACUUCCACACACGCCAGCAAUGCUGCCGCCAACGUAGUUACGCCCGCGCCUACGGAACGUCAGCUGCGACGUAGCUCCAGCAGCACCGCCUACCAACAUCAGCCAAAGUCCGCAAGCCAGAGCACGGCUGGCCAUGCUUUCUCAGCGGUUCUACCGGCUGCGCGCACCAGCUUCAGCAACAUACCACGUGCCAGUCUAAGUGCCGCUGCCAGCAGUAGCGUAAAUGCGAACGCCGCCAACACCAAUGGCGGUCUGGGCAAUUUCAACCGGAUAGCCGAUGGAGAUCAACUAGUCGUCGCAGGUAGUCAGUCCAGUCACAGCAGUCAGGGUAGUCAUGCAAGUCAUGCAAGUCACCCCAGCCACAGUAGCCACCAUGCACCGGUACGGCAUGAGCAUCGACGUAGUCGUAGCAACGCACAUUCCACCACAGCACCAUCACUAGCCAUCACUGCCAAUUCUAAUGCCACCGCCCCUUCGGAACAACAAUUGCAACAGCAACAAAAGCGUUCCAAUUCUAUAAGACAGCUGCAACAUAGCUAUCAUCCGCCGCCGUUGCCGUCAGUGGCGGCGGCGUCCAGCCACAUUGGUCAGGCGCGUAUGGAAGGGGAGCACGAACUGCCAUCCGACUUGGAGGUAUUGUUGUCCGAUGUGGAGAAUCUAGUUAGUUAAGGGUUAAUAGUUAUAAGCAAUAGAUGUGCGCUUGAGUACUGUGGGAAGGUGGUCGAACGUGCUUUACGCAAAGCAAUUAAUCGGUAUUUAAUAGUGAUUCACGGUCAAUGGAUGUAUGUAUGUUUGUAGAAAAACUCAGCACAUUCUUUGCCGACUGUAAGUUGCUUCCAGUACACAUAAAAUAGCAUUGUUUCUUACUUUACUUUCGCUUCUUCUACAAGUGAUAACAAAGUGUAAUCGAUAAACUAUUUUUCUAAAAAAAUAUCGAUUUAAAAUUGUGUCAGGAAACGAGCAACUUUGAUUUCGUUCCGACCCGCUCUAAUAACGCCAUAUUAUCCACAUAGCACCUUUUAACAAUUUUUUUUUAAAUACUUUUUCAUAAUAUUUUUCGAUACCUUUUAAUCUUUACUUUUUUGUCAUAAAUGUUUUCAAUUUAAAAGUCUUAAGUUAGAAAAAAUUAGUAUCAAAUACAAGAUCCAAAUAUUGGGGAAAAAUGUUCGCUCAACACGAUCAAGUCUGAAUAUUACCUAAAGUAUUUAAAAAAUCAUUUUCGACAACAAAAUUUGUGUUAUCGGAAAAAUAUCGUUUCAUCACAAUUUUAUUAUGGAUUUUAUGCCAAAUAUUUAUUUACUUUUUUACUUCGUUCUAUAAUAUUUUUCUUUCGAAAUUCCGAAAUUCCAUUCCGAUUUAUUUAUGUUUUUUUUUUUUUAAGUUUAUCGAAGACUUUUAAGGGGUUAUAUACAGUUAGAAGACCGAUAAAAUACGAAUUUUCCAGUAUUGUUUCUGAUAAAACUUUUAAAUCUAUUGAUACAAAAAUUUGUAAACAUUUUAUGGCAUCUUUUAACUGUAUUUUAAGACUUAG